AUGGAUGGUGAUGUUGCAGUCGGUGUGAAGAGAGGCUCAGAUGAGCUCACCAUGUACGGGAGCAGCCCCAACUCCAUGACCGCAAACGGCAGUGACAGUAAGAAGCAGCGUCUGGACGAGUCCCCCCCCUCCAGAGUGCUCCACAUCCGGAAGCUUCCCAACGAGGUGACGGAGACCGAGGUCAUUGCUCUGGGUCUGCCCUUUGGGAAAGUCACAAACAUCCUGAUGCUGAAGGGGAAAAACCAGGACAAUGUGGGACAGUAG